CCUCACGCUCAGGGGAACUGCCAUGAGAUCUCCCCGCGCUCCUCACCGGCACCUGGAUGCGAGAGAAGCGUGCGGAAAGCGCGGCUAACCGGCCGCAGAUCAUGACUUCAUAGGUUCUGGUUUGGAAAACGGUCUCCGGGCAUCUCCAAUUACACUGACCAGUGCUGGGGACGAGAUCGCUGGAAGUAAAUGAGAGCGGAGCCGGACCUUGGGUAGUUCUGAAAGAAGCCGUCACUCAAACAGGUUGUUAGGAUAUUCUUCAUUCUAAGAGGGGCCUUCGGAGAACAGCCAAGGAUGCUUUCCCACAGAUGGUGACUUAAAAAGCCAUUCAGAGGUGGACCUGCUGGUGUCCUUUGGAUCAUUGUCCUGCUGCAUAACUCAAAUCUAUUUAAGCUUAAGGUCACAAAAUUGUGGCUGGACAUUUUCCUUUCUGGAUUUUCUGCUAGAGAGCAGAAUUUACGUUCCCAUCAUCCAGCUUGGGGUCCAGGUCCAGUAGCAGCAAAGCAGAUGCAGACCAUCAAACUACCAACACUAUGUUGACUGUUGGGUUGGAUGGAGAGCUGGUCGAAUGUCAGCGGGAACUAUCGUUAUAACCGGAGGAAUUCUUGCUGGGGUGAUACUGCUGUGCAUUGUAGCAGUUCUCUGUUACUGUAGACUCCAGUAUUACUGCUGUAAGAAAAAUGAGUCUGAGGCGGAUGUGGGCUCGGUGGCAGGAACUGAUCCUCUGUCUCAUUUUCCCUGCAACGCGUGCAACGCCCUCGCCAUGGAUGGGAACGACAUCACCCCCGUCUCACUGGAUCAGCUGGACUCAGGUUCACACCACAAUCCCUGCCCCACGUGUUCGCCGUACCCCAUCCGCUCUGGACUCGCAGACGACAUGCAUAACGGAGGGGAGCGGCUGGGCUUCCACACCUACUACGAAAACCCAUCUGUCUCUCUUCCCCUACCUGUCAACCCACAGAGCUCUUCCCCUGUGAGCUACUACAACCCUACAGACGUUUUCCCUCCACCGCCACGCCCCUAUAGCACCGACGUCUAAUUCUCUAUUCACUGGAAAUUUCUUCAUACACGUAUACCAACACAUUUUACUUGCACAUGCCCUUUAGAACUAAAAUCAGGUAAUUUAUUAAAACACGGCACAAUGACACCUAGAUUAUUGCAUCUGGCUUUAGUCACAGUCAUCCACAAUCUCAACCCACUGACAGGGCUCCUGUGUGGGCAACAAAUCCAUGCAGCAGCCCACCAACGCUGCAGCAAGAACAUCAUUUCCUCUCCAGUAAGUGGCACACAGCUAUAACUGGCAUUAUACAGGGCUAAAUCCCAUGUUACUGAUGUGGUAACUGCAUUGGGAGUAUGAUCUCUGUACCAGUACAGAUGUAAAUGUAUUCAAGCCACAUGUAAAUUCAUAUCAAAAAUAAAACAUUUUCAGAAUUAUAAACUAAUAAAUUCCAAGGAUUUUCUGAUAGAAUUAUGUCUGGAAUAUAAGGAUAAAUUCUUUGAGCCAACAAAUAAAUCAUCUAUUUCAAGUUGUAUUUUUUCUGUAAAUCUGUUCUAAAUAACGCAGAUGUUCCAGAAAACUUUACUUGAGAACAUGCAUUUUUUACCCUGGCACCACCUCAUGAUAUUUCUAAUUAACUCAUAAAACUACAACAUAAAAAUACAACUCAACAUGGCCUACAAGACCUCUAUCAGUCACUUUUUUGCUGCAACCUGUAGCAAUAUGCUGCAGGCCUAGGAAUAUCUAUAUAGUGCUACAAAAACAUGGGCUUCCACUACCACUAGAAUUAUAUGUGUAAAUCAUUCAUUGGUAGAGGUGCACAGAUUGGAGAAACCUAUGGGAGCCAUUUUUGUGUUUUCUGAAAGAAAUUGCAGAAAAUUUGUGUAAAUAAGGUUGAAUGGAAGCAGUGUUAGAUCUGAUGUAUGUGUCACUCUUCUUCUGUAAAACUAAAAGCAUAUUUAGUCCAGGAAAUUCCUUUCUCUCAGUUCAAGCUUAAAUGACGAAUGAAUUUUCUUUCCUCUAGUAUCAACAUCAAAUCGCAUGUGAUAAAUUCUGAUUAGCAAUGCAAUGAAGAGCAGUUGAGGCACAUGAUAUAUCUGCGCUCAUCUUAUAAAGGACUUUUCUCCAUAUCACCCUUUCAGUUCAGUUUCUGUGAUUCUUUUCUCCUUCCCUUUCCGAAUGUUAACCGAGACAGUGAAAGGCAAGUGUGAACCCCACCCUCCUCCACCCUACAACUUACUGUACAUGAGGGCUAACAGUUUUCUUUUAGGAACGGUUGUUUGCCAGUAAUAGAAACUCCAAAUGGAGUUUUGUCCAGAGAUGAAACAGGGAAGGCAAAGGGGAGUUUUUAUGCAGUUUUGUGCAUCUCGCAGUUUUUUUGUCAGUUGGUUUCAGUCAACAAGGAAAGUCUCACAUGUGUUUUAGUUGUGAUCUCUAUUCUGGUAAACUGUAAGAAAACCAGGCUAUUAAAAGGGGAUGUUUGUUUCACGGUGUCUGCUUUAUAAGUUGGUGCUGUGAGCCUUUUCUUGUUUGUGAAAGACGAGAGAAAAACCUUGGAAUUUGUUAAAUGAAAAAGACAAAAAAAAUCAAACAGAUACUAAGAUUAUGUACCAUAUUGUAAUGAUUUUAAAGCCAUCCUGUCUGCCAUGGUACAGUAACAAGAUCCAGUGUUAUUACACAGUAUAUGCUUGAAUUUCUAUUUUUCUGUGAAACUUUAGGUGAAAUUUGGUGUUAUCUUAAUUUCUCCUCUUCUGUUUUAUGUUCUCUUGUAUUUUUACUGUGAGAAAAAUACAGUACUGUAGGUAGGAACAAGAGAUCUCUGUUUAGAGUUGGAAUUUUACAUGGAAGUCAUUCCUAAAUUAUGAUAAAUGCUGUUCAGAGAUACAAAUAUAGUAUUGCCAAGACCUUUAUUUAGGAAACAGUAUUUAGUCACAAUAGAGUGCCUUGAAAAAGUAUUCAUACCCAAAAUAGGUUAAUCUCUGUUAGAUUAGAUAUCAGUAAACAUCAACUCUCAAGUACCCCCACAGAUUCUCAAAGGGAUUUAGCUCCAGACUUUGACUAGGCCAUUUUAACAUGUGAAUAUGCUUUAAUCUAAACUAUUCCCUUGGCUCCAGCUUUGUGUUUAGGGCACUUUUCAUGCUGGAAGGUGUAUUUUACAGCCUCUAAGAAGUUUUCUUCCAGUCCUUGCCUUGUAUUUAGCACAACCAACUCUGAGCAUCUUCCCUUUCUCUAUUGGAAAAAAACACAUCCCCACAGCAUGAUUCUGCCACCACCAUGUUUUACUUUUAGGUCUCCGCCAUAGCGCUUUGUCUGUAGGCCCUCAAUCCACAACACCUUCCACAUGGCUUCUCGGAUUAGUGCUCUCCAAGCCUUUUCGUACUUCCAAGCCAGUGUAGGUGGAUGUGCUACUCGUGGCAGGUUUGCAGUUUUGCCAUCCUCUUUCCAUUUCAGAUGACGGAUUAAACAGUGCUCCUUGAGAAAUUCAAGGCUUUGUCAUGUUGGGUUCUGAACCAGGAGACUCUAGAGCAGCACACCAGAGACACAGGAAAGGUUUAAACAAGUUGAUUGAAAGUGUGUUUUUGGGCAGUGUCAGGAUUCCGUGGCCAGCAGGCUUCAGGGAUCGGCUCACUAGGGAAAACAGAGCGGUUACUAUCAGACAGGUGGUUCUUAAUGUUGAAGGUAAGAGUUCCAGGCUUAUUUGUAGAUGUGUGUGCUGGUUCUGGAAAGAAGUGAGCAAGCCACGGAGACUGAGGCUGACAGGCAAGCGUGCUGUGCGAGUGAAUUCCUCCAAAUGGUGAAUAGGGUUGGAGGGUGGACAGGCAGGGCAGGUGAAACGCGGGGCGAUUUUGCAGUCUGAUCUUGUGGAUCCAGAGCGGUACUUGGACUGAGGUAAAUUCACUGAAGUAUUUACCAUUCGGCAGGAAGCUGAACCCAAAGCAGGUUCUCCAGGAAGCGGGUUUGCUGACAACCAGCAAGGUAAAGCCAGAACCACAGAGGAUUUAUCCAGACCAGGGUCUUGCUGUCAGCAACCUUCAGGGAGGAACAGAGCUGGGGUUAGCAAAGGCAGGUCAGCACAAAGGCAAACACAGAGCAGAGUUUAUUGGUCUGAUUACCACUCGGCAGAGUAAACAAUCCAAUGCCUCCUCCAAGAUCUCAGAUGCUUAAGAAGCUCGUCAAUGAUUGCUCUUGAUGCAGUGCAGCUGUGCGGCUGCACCUACCUGUCACACCCUAGUAAAGGAAAGGAGAAACAACACUCACACAGCAAGACAAACCUGCACACAGCUCCGUGGCCUGACAGGCUUGGAAUAAUAUAUAAUUUCCUGAUGCUGUUUGUUCACUAAUGUUGUGUAACAGACGUCUGGGACCUUCACAGAACAGCUGGAUUUAUCCUAAGAUCUUACGAGAUAGUGCUAUUUAUCAAUUGGGGAACUUUAGAAGAUUUGAUUUCAGGGUAGCAGAGUAAAGGGGAAUGAACUCAUAUGGUCACCAAACUUCUCAGAUUUUUCAUUGAAAACCUGUUUCCUUUGGACUUUGUUUUUAUAUAUGACUUUGUGUUGGUCUAGUUUGUGGUUGCAAUGUGACAAAAUGUGAAAAGGUGUUGAAUACAUCUGCAAGGCGCUGGACUAUUAUUAAUGUCAACACAGAGCUUUAUCACAUCCUCUACUGAUCAAUGUUUUGAUGUCCCACAUCAAAUCAAUAUAUACAAUAAAUCAUUCUUGUUUUUUUGCUGUUUCAAAUAAGCUUUUGUGUUUACAUGACUAUGACUUAGCCAAAAUGAUAUUCCCAUUGUCUGGUAGAAGAUGCUUUGUGCUUUUGUUGUUUGCUUUGGUUUUAUUUUUAGAUUUCUGUCCUUUCUUUCAAUUGUAUUGAUAGAUUAUCUCUUAAUACAACCUGUUAGAGUGAGAAAAUCCACUUUGUCUCACAUAUUCCCAACCCUUUUUUUGUUUUGUGGAGAAAAUAAAUGUUUAUAGGUC